GGCGGGGUCAGAGAAAGGGCCGGAACUGUGAGGGGAAAGAGGCGGGGGCAAAGCGCCGCGCGGUCCUGAAAGGGCCCAAUUUGAUCUAAAAUCACUGAAAAGCGCCUCAAAUGCAGCCUAAAUCCAGACGGCACCGACACCGGAACUGCGCUAGGACCGGGACAAGGAGCACUACGGGACUGAUACCGGCACCGGCACCGGCACCGGCACCGCUCCGAGACCGACACUGAGACCGGCACCGGCACUGGGAGAGACCGAGACUGAGACCUCACCGAGACCGGGACUGAGACCGGGAGUGAAACCGGCACCGGCCCCGAGACCGGCACCGCUCCGAGACCGGGACUGAGACCGGCACCGGGACUGCUCUAGGACCGGGAGCAGGAGCACUCCGGGACUGAGACCGGCACCAGCAAGGGGAGAGACCGAGCGCUGAGACCGCACCGAGACUAAGGCUGGGACUGAAACCGGCACCGGCACUGGCACCGCUCCGAGACCGGGACUGAGACCGGCACCGGCACCGGCACUGGGAGAGACCGAGCGCUGAGACCGCACCAAGACUGGGACUGAGGCCGGGAGUGAAACCGGCACCGGCCCGAGACCGGCACCGCUCCGAGACCGGGACUGAGACCGGGACCGGCACCACUCCGGGAUAGAGAUCCACACCGGGACCGGAAUCAGCACCGGGAGCGCUCCAGGACUGCUCCAAACUGAGACCGGGACCGGCGCCGGGAUCACUCCGGGAUCGGAACUAAGAACCUCCGUGGAUUUCCCAUUGCCAAGCCUUGGCCCGAUGGAGGAGGAGGAGGCUGCGAGGAAGAGGAAGAUGGCCCAGGAGCCCCAGGCAGACAAGGAGCUGAGCACGGAGAGCAGGGAGGACAAAUCCCCGCGGCAGAACCUGGUGGAAGAGGCCGUUUGCAGCGGCUCCACGGCGCAGGAAUCCAACGGGGAGGAAAAUCCGCGGAGAUCCCGCACCAGGAGGGGCUGCAAACGCAGAGGGCGGGGAUCUGAGGAGGAAAGACCCAGCCUGGGCCGGGCAGGCGGCCGGAGAUGGAGCCAGAGCUCGGACCUGGUGGUGCAUGAGCAGCUUCGUGAUGAGCAGAAGCCCCACAAGUGCUCAGAGUGUGGGAUGAGCUUCAGAUGGAGGUCCAGCCUGAUCCCCCACCAGAGGAUGCACACUGGGGAGAGGCCCUACGAGUGUGGGGAGUGUGGGAAGAGGUUUCGCAUCAGAGACAAUCUCCUCGUGCACCAGCGCUCGCACACAGACGAGAAGCCCUUCCGCUGCCCCGCCUGCGGGAAGGGCUUCAGGAAAAACUCCGACCUCAUCACCCACCAGCGCAUCCACACUGGGGAGAGGCCCUACGAGUGUUCUAAGUGUGGGAAGAGGUUUCGCACCAGCUCUGAUCUCGUCAAGCACUACCAGACACACACACAGGAGAGGCCCUACGAGUGUCCUGACUGCGGGAAGGGCUUCAGGCACAAGUCCCACCUGAUCCGCCACCGGCGAAUCCACACUGGAGAGAGGCCCUACGAGUGUGAGGAGUGUGGGAAGAGCUUCAGCCGGAGCUGCCACCUAAUCCGCCACCAGAGGAUCCACCCUGGGGAGAGGCCCUAUGAGUGUGAG